ACCUGCACUAAUCUCGUAUUUUACUCUCCGAGGUAUUGUCAUUUCAUUUCUAUAUGACAAAGGUGUAUCAUCAAAUUAUCAGCAUCAAGCUAAGAAGAAUGUCUUCAUUAUGGACAACAAACUGUUUGGUAUUUGUAAUAUGUAUGUUUGUUAUUUCAAAAUCGCUGUCACAAGACGAUUCUCAAGCAGAGAGAAAAGAUCCUGAAUAUUGCAAUGAUUUGUGUUCUUCAGUUGAGGUUCUUUGUGAACCAACAAAUUGCACAAACAAACAAGUUGAAGGCUACAAACCAGAACUUUGUAGAUGCUGUACAGAAUGUUAUACAAGAUUAGAUGAAGGAGAUAAGUGUGGAGAUAAUGACGAAGCUAUCUGUGAUCAAGGAUUAACAUGCCGAAACAAUGUAUGCCGAAAGGAAGCUGAACCCUUAUAAAGCUCUACAUAUUUGCACUGUUUGUAUACCCAACGAAUAAAAUCUAUCUGAAUAAUUUUAAUAAAUAUUUUUUUU